GCCGUGGAGUAGCCGCUGGAACCCCCUGUCCUUGGCCAAAAGUGGCCGAAAUCCCAAAAAUGUCUUCGUCUGUUUGCCGAAAGACCCCCCAAGAUCCCGUGCGUUUCGGCCAAAAUUCCAAGUCAAUAUCAAAAAAAUUCGUCCGCCAGAGGCCUUUUUGGGCAAAUUUCGUUCCGAACGAAGGAAGAUACGAGCACUGCCGCAAGGUUCCGGCGGAUCUGCACGCCGCCGCAGAGGGGUCCGGUGAUGGCGCCCUCAGUGAUGCCGAGCUGAUGGCAGCGCUGGCUGGCUCCGCCAAUGGUAAAGCGCCUGGGUCGGACGGGGUUCCGUACGAGGUGUACAAGGUUUUCUGGGAGCUGCUGGGUCCGCGCUUGUGUGCUGCUGCUGCCGCUGCCUUUGCUGCCGCUGCAGACGCCCACGAUGGCGGUGAAAUGGCGGCGGCGCUGCCCGCCUCCUGGCGGGAGGGCAUCAUUACGCUCAUCUACAAGGGCAAAAGCCUGGACCGCGCCGAGCUGGCGUCCUACCGGCCCAUCACGCUGCUCAACUGCGACUUCAAGAUGGUGUCCAAGGCCGUCAGCGCCCGCCUGCAGCCCGCCCUGGAUGCAGUUGUGGAUGAGCUGCAGACCGCGUUCAUCACCGGCCGCUGGAUUGGAGACAACGCGCUGUACCUCCAAGGCCUGAUCGAAUGGAUGCGCCUGGACGUGGGCGCGGACGGCACGCCACGGCAGGGUGGUGCGCUGUACUUCUUGGACAUUGAAAAGGCGUAUGACCGGGUGCACCGGCAGUGGCUGUAUGCGUCCGCGGAGGGACUUGGGUUUGGGCCGCGCAUGCUGCGCUGGAUCCGCCUGCUCACUGCCAACGGCUCUGCCCGCGUGUGUGUGAACGGGAUGCUCUCUGACGCCUUCCCAGUGCUGAACGGCUUGCCGCAGGGCAGCACCGCCUCACCACCCCUCGGCGAGCAGGCGCCACCUGCUGCCCACCAUGCUGACGACACGACCCUCACGGCGCGCGACCCGGCGGUGGACGGGCCGGUCCUGAUGGCGGCAGUACAGCUGUUCUGCCGCGCGUCCAACGCCUGUGUCCAUCCGGACAAGAGCAAGGAAUAAUAAUAAUAUCUACGCAGGGCACAGGUGCCCGCGUGUCUUAAGGAGGAGUGAGACAAGCUCACCCCACCAUCGGAAAAACUUGAUUUCCCUACCCCGGCUCCCCUGCGCGGGGGCCGCCAUUGGCGGUCCCCUGGGUGCGGCCUCCCGGGCGGCAUCGGGUGUUGGCAAUGCCCAUCUCUCGCUCUAGCCGGUAGUACAGGUUUGCGGUGCCCCGGAGUGUGGUGACGCUAUGCAUGUGGAGACGUGUGCAGCAGGCCUUGGCUGCCUGCGGUUUGGCUCCUAGGUCUUUAAGGAGAGUUUCAAGGGUACGGGGGACAGUGCCACCGUGGCCCAGUGUAAUAACGUGUUUAGUAUCGUAGUGCACAGUCCACCCUGCAGCUCGCAUGGCAGUGGCAAGGGUGGCGUGCUGUGCUUGUUUUUGAAUGAGCUUCUCGCUGUGGUGCAGGUCAGAGGUGUAUCCAACUUCAAGGAUGUACACUGGGUAGGCCCCUUUGUUGGCUGGUGGGGAUGUCAUGAAGCGUUCUGCUUCGGACCGGGGAAGGUUCGGGAUAAACAGGAUGUCAGGCCGCAUCCUGUUGAGGUCUGCAGCGGGCACUUGCGGGCAGAGCCAGGACGGCGGCCGCAUGCCCGCGCAGUACUCAGGCAGUUCAGCUCGGGAGGUGGCAUCCAUUAUCAUGUAGCCACCACCGUUGUGACCAUGGUGUAGGCAUUCGGCAAUCGUCCGCACUGCAGUGUUGUGUUUGGCUAUCCUAGCGCCAACGAGUUGGGGGUGCGCGCAGUGGCCGGCCAGGUGACCUGCGGUGCCACGCUCUGGGUCAGAUCCGCGGCUGCGCUGGGUGUGGGCACAGAGACCACAUUUGUCGCUGUCUCGUAGUUUAAACAAAGCCAGCCGGGCCGGGCAGAUGAGGCCUCCCUGACGAGCAUUCUGUAUGAACCGGCGUAGGCCGUGGCUGGCGUCCGAAUUCGUCAUGUACGCAUUACUGGCGCGUGGGUCAAGGCUGGGUGCUGCCUCGGCCCAUUUCUCAGUGUACAGGGUUUUGUUGGCGUGUCCACCACGGCAGCUGGGGGCCAUUGCCCUGGUGAGGCCCCGGUUCAGGUCCGACACGUAGUGCGUGGCUGUGCUGUCGUCGUCCCUGGUGACCGUGAAGGUCGGCCACCAGUGCCGGGCGUGCGGGUCGUUGUCGGCCGGUUCGGAUACAUCGGCGGGUUUUUCCUGGGUGGCGACGGCAGCCGCCCCUUUAUCGGCUUCCUCGUUGCCGUGUAGCCCGGUGUGCGAGAUCACUUUAAUCAGAGCGGUGGGUGCGCCCCGGGCGUGGCGUGCAUGGAGCAGUGCCACGAUUGAAUCCAGGAGGUCCCGAUGUUUACUCAGAUGCAGUCGCCGAGGCUCGUUAAUUGCUCGUUUGAUUAGGUACAAGCUUGCAACAGAAUCUGAUGCAAUAGUGAGCUUCUUGGUUGCAAAUUCUUUACCUUCGCCACCAAAUUCUGCGAGGGCAGCACGAAUUGCUGCCAGUUCAGCUCUCGUAAUAGUGUUUGUACACCCAGCGCCAUUUGGAUUCACGUAGACAACGCGAGAAUCGCUAAACCAGGCGCAGGCGCCGGCAACCUGGACUUCUUUGCCAUUGUCAGUUUUGAUUUUGCUUACCGAACCGUCUGUCCAGACAAUGCCAUUCACGUCGUGGGCCAGAGCAUGGUGGGUCUGGAAUCGCGCGUUAGGAAAGCGUCGUGCUUCGUCAGCCAUGGCGUGUAUCGUCUUUGGAUUAGCGUGCUGGUAUUUGGCUUGCUUUAGAAGUGAGUU